UUUUGGGUUUCAUUUUCCCGUUGUUUGUACCAUCAUUUUUUCCCCCUUCGCUUUCUUCAUUGUCCGUUGGAAGCGAACAGUUGAGUUGAGUCGCCUUCUCUAUCUCUCUCUCUCUCUGUCUCUCUGUCUCUCUCUCUCUCACACUCUCUCUCUCUCUCAAUACCACUACCACUCACUCACAGACACUCUCCCUAAACACACUCAUUCUCAUGUCCGCGUAACAUGAGCAGAAGCGGAAGCGGAAGCAGAAGCAGAGUGUGGUUAUGAAUCCCAACACCACCACCGAACCAGCAGCAGCAGGACUACCACCGCUACCACCGCAGCCGAACAGACCCUCAACCUCCUGCGACCGCCACCCAGAAGAGCAGUUCACCGGCUUCUGCCCCUCAUGCCUCUGCGAGCGCCUCGCAGUCCUCGAUCCCAAUUCCUCUACCGCUUCAUCCUCUCGCAAACCACCCACAUCCUCUUCAUCCACCGCAGCUGCCCUUAAGGCCAUCUUCAAAGCCUCCUCAUCCGGCGGCGGCGGUCCCCCCGGCAACAACCGCAACAAGAAUUCCAGUGGUGGGUCUUCGUUCUUUCCGGAGCUUCGGCGGACCAAGUCGUUCUCGGCGUCCAAGAACGAGGGGUUCUCUGGGGUGUUCGAGCCCCAGAGGAAGUCCUGUGACGUCAGGGUCCGGAACACGCUCUGGUCACUCUUCACUCUCGACGACGAGCGCAACCCGUAUAAGAAGAAGGACCAGCCUUCUACUUCUUCUUCUUCUGCUUGGCCUGCUCCGGACGUUGAGGUCGACACCAGGCAUUCGCUGCUACCGUCUUCCAGUGUCCCACAAGGUCCCGUCUUGUUCGAGUCCAAAGAAGAGGACGAGGAGGAGGAGGAGGAGGAGGAGGACGACGACGACGACGAGAUUAGGGUUUCCCAGGAAUCAAGCAUUCCAAAUGUAGCCCUAGUCGAAGAAAGAGUUCAAGAAAUCGUAGAGGAGGAAGAGGAAGAGGAAGAGGAAGAGCCAGACCCAGAGCCAGAGCUAGAGCUAGACCCAGACCCAGAACCAGAGGAGGAACCGAAGACAGAGGAGCUGAAGACCAUGAAAGACCACAUUGAUCUCGAUUCGCAAACGAAGAAACCUUCUGGGAGAGACUUCAAGGAAAUCGCCGGAAGCUUCUGGUCCGCCGCUUCGGUCUUCAGCAAGAAAUUGCAGAAGUGGAGGCAGAAGCAGAAGCUCAAGAAGCGCAGAAACGGCGGUGGGUCCGCCACAUUGCCGGUGGAGAAGCCGAUCGGCAGGCAGUUCAGGGAAACCCAGUCCGAGAUCGCCGACUACGGCUUCGGCCGUCGGUCCUGCGACACCGAUCCGAGGUUCUCCCUCGACGCAGGUCGGAUGUCGUUCGAUGCGAGUCGGAUAUCGUUGGACGAUCCGCGUUACUCCUUCGACGAGCCUCGGGCCUCUUGGGAUGGGUACUUGAUCGGCAGAACCUUCCCGAGAAUGCCCACAAUGGUCUCAGUGGUAGAGGACGCUCCGGUUCACGUUUUGAGGUCCGAUACGCAGAUUCCGGUGGAAGAAAAUGCGAUCAACGAUGACGAGACGGCGGUGCCGGGUGGGUCUGCGCAGACGAGGGACUACUACUCAGACUCGUCGUCGAGGCGGAGGAAGAGCCUCGACCGGUCCAACUCGAUUCGGAAGACUGCCGCGGCGGUGGUGGCGGAGAUCGACGAGUUGAAGUCGGUCUCGAAUGCGAAGGUGUCUCCGGCCACCACCACCGGCGAUUACUACUUCCAAGGACCGAAACUGGUAGUCCCAGAUAGAGAGUCGAGGGACUCGAACUCGAAUUAUUUGCGGGACGAUUGCUCGGAGACCUUCGAAAUGGGGUUCAGAGACACCGCGUCUGUGGUGGGAAAUGGUGAGCGAAAGGGGUCGUCGAAGAAGUCUAGAAGGUGGAGCAAGGCGUGGAACAUUUGGGGUUUGAUAAACCGGCGAGGUGGGAACAACAAAGACGAGGAUGAGGAUCCCAGAUUCAGCAGACCAAAUGGGGUGGAGCGGUCGUUUUCGGAGUCUUGGCAAGAACUGAGAGGAGAACGCAAUGGGGAUGCGAGAGGUGCUUUCAAUCGAAAGGUUUUUCGAAGCAAUAGCAGUGUGAGUUGGAGGAAUUCCAAUAACUUUGGUGGGUCUUUCGGGAGUGUGAGGAAGAAUGGUUUGGAGGCAAAUGGGCAUGGGAAGAAGAAGAGAGACGAUCAGUUUGUGUUGGAGCGGAAUCGGAGUGCAAGGUAUUCGCCUAACAACAUCGAAAAUGGUCUGCUGCGUUUCUACUUGACGCCGAUGAGAAGCAGCUGGAGAAGUGGGUCGGGGAAGAGUAGGUCCAAUCAUGCACAUUCUAUUGCCAGAAGCGUAUUGCGAUUGUACUGAAUUUUGAAGGUCCAUUAUAAGCACCAAAGCUUGCUGAUUGUUAAUUCACCCCAUGGCAGCUGAGUUGGGGCAUAAGGCCAGCUGGGGUUGCUGCCUGCUGAAAGAAUCGAUAAUGGAAUUUUGCAGGCUUCAGGAACCUACAAACCCCAUUAAUCAGGUCCAGGGAAAAUAGCAGCAUCUGCAAAUGCUGAACAAAUUCAGAAGCCGAUUGUGGCGUGGGGUUGAAACAGUUGAGAAUCUGUGGGAAUCAUCCCUUGUUUCUUCUUGCAGUGACAUGUUUAACUUCCAGGCCCUGUUUUAGAUCGACAGAGCAAUGCAGAAAUUGUACUUGUCUAGAGAUUGCAGUUCAGAAAAUCACUUCUUUAUUUAUAAUGUAUUCCAAAUUUGUUAAUGCAGUGCAGAAUCUAAAAUGAUUGGCAGUCUCACUGUGAUCAUACUUUCGACAUACUAAUAAGAUUUUUGCUCCUUUGGGUUCA